GGCAGGAUUUGUGUAGGCGGAGGAAGUCUGGGGUAGUUUGCGACAGUGGCCCAGAGCGAGCGCCUGUAAGCCCUGCGGAGAACAGGAACUUGCGGCAGCCGCGCUCAAUGGUCGUCCGCCUCGGAGCUCGCCGAGCAUCUGCAGGAGCUGCUGAUCAUGAGGAGGAAAGUUGAGGUUCGGAGGAGAGGCCCGGAUCCCUGGCGUUGAACCACAACCGGCUUGUAGCACCCAGCGCCGCAGAAGAAAUGCAUUUCUCAUAAAAGUUGGAUUUGCCCUGCCCGACGCUCUGCCUGCCGCUCGGGCUUCAGCCCUCCUGGGAACAAGGGAUGACUCUGUUUUGAAAGGAGCGCGGCUUUUCAGAUUUGGACUUGGGACACAAUGGAGGACUUCACGACCAGAACGUACGGGACCAGAGGCCUGGACAACAGGCCUCUUUUUGGAGAGACGUCGCCAAGGGACAGAAUAAUCAAUUUUGCAGUUGGGAUCGUAGCUUCCUUGUUGCUUAUAGUCACUUUAAUCAGUGCUUUCAUCUUUCCUCACCUACCUCCAAAACCAGUGAAUAUAUUUUUUGCUUUCUGCAUCUCCCUGAGUUGCGUUUCGGCUGGCAUUCUUAUCUAUUGGUAUCGACAAGGAGACCUUGAGCCUAAAUUUAGGAACCUGAUCUACUACAUUUUGUUCUCAAUCAUUAUGCUUUGUAUAUGUGCCAACCUCUACUUCCAUGAAGUGGGGAAAUAAACUCUCCUAGGACAAAGGUUGCAACGCAUCCAGAUGGUCUGAGGCAGCGUUUCCAGAUGUGCUUUCUGAAGAGGACUGCUUCCAAAACGUCACCAGAACAGAUGUUGGAAGGAAGGCCUUCAAGGUCCACAGAGGUGUAUUUUAAUGGUUCUUCUUUCUGGUGCGGUGAAGUAGUGCAAUAUGAUAGAGCAUCUGCUUUAGGGGCGGGUGGGGGUGAGCCACAGAAUCGCUAUUAGUGCACUUAAAGAACAUUCCAGCUGUACGCUUGUGUUUUUCAGAGUGGCGCACCUUUUUUUCCCAUUGUGAAAAAAAAAA